AUGAGUGACUAUGUGGAUCUCAAGGAUGAGAUCGAGACCCUUAUCCAUAGGGGUCAUCUGCAACAAUACACCAAGGAAGAGAAGACAGCUCGGAAAGAAGAACGACCGAACAAAGCUGCGGAAGAACCUGCCAAGAUCUGCACUAUCUAUGGCAGCUCUUCCAGUGGAGGCAACUUGAAUAGGGCCCGUAAGGCCCACACUCGGAGUUCAGACCCCAAGCACUACAUCCAUCUGGCCGAGAGGCCUAGGAAAGAACUCCUAGUAAGACCCUCUAACUUGACUUUCACAGAGGAUGACGCGCAUGGAAUCCAGCAUCCGCACGACGAUGCCCUCGUGAUGACUAUGACCAUAGCUAACCACAAAGUUUAUCGUAUCCUAGUUGACACUGGAAGCUGUGCCGAUGUCAUCUAUUCUGAAGCAUUCGAGAAGAUGGGGAUUGAAAGGUCACGCCUCAUACCCAUAAAAACCCUCUUUAUGGAUUUGCCGGAGAUAAAGUGA